AUGCCGAGUCCAGCAAAAAAGAGAAAGAUCAACGGAUCGACUUCUAUGCGGAGUAUUGAAUCAUUCUUUUCCGCUCAAAAUGCGCAGCCAGCAACGAAAUCGGAACUGAGCACGGCAAUCAUCGAAGACAAUAAGGAAUUUUUGACGGAUGAAGAGCUUGCUCGGAAGUUGCAAGAUGAAUGGAAUCAAGUUGAUCAAGCGCCAGCCUCAGAGUCUAUCCAGGUUACAGCGGAAGAAAGCAAUCAGCCAAGCAAAGUACUAGAUGAACCGCAAUCGCCGCCCGUCAAGUUGACAGAAAUUGCGAGACAGACACAAAACUCAACUUCACGUAUACUUCAGAAAGAUACAUUGAGUUUACAAUCAUCCCUGGGUUCGGAAGACACAAUCGUCUCGAGCAUUCCCCUUGAUGAAAGCCCAUUGACUUUCGACCCUGCCAAAUACCUACCUGAGCUCCAGAAACACUGGAAGCAGGACGGAGGUGAUGCUUCUUAUGCACUUUUAACGCAUGCCUUCAUACUCGUUAACAGCACGACGAAACGAAUCAAAAUAGUUGAUACACUAGUCAAUCUCUUGCGCAUUUUGAUAGAAGGCGCACCAGAUAGUUUGUUACCCGCAGUGUGGCUGGCGACCAAUUCUUUUGCUCCUCCUUAUGAACCUGCAGAGUUAGGACUCGGGGGCUCUGUGAUAUCCAAAGCUUUCAAGAACAUAUAUGGACUGAAUGCCCAGGGGCUCAAGACACUGUACAACAAGCACGGCGACGCGGGAGAUGUGGCCUUCGAAGCUAAGAAGCGGCAAAGCUUCACGCUUAAGAAACCGAAGCCGCUGACAAUCAAAGGCGUAUACCAAUCAUUGACCAAGAUUGCAAAAAGCAAAGGGACCGGCAGUCAGGAGACUAAACAGCGAAUCGUUGAAAGGCUGCUUCAGGAUACUCGAAGUGCUGAAGAGUCUCGCUACAUAGUACGGACUCUGGUUCAGCACUUGCGCAUUGGUGCAGUUAAGACUACGAUGCUAAUAGCACUUGCACGAGCAUUUCUAUUUUCAAAACCGCCGGAUGCUAAGUUUUCUACAAAAGGGAUGGAGUAUUUAGCGAAAUUGAAAAAGGAAGAACUUACUGAAGUAUACCUGAGGGCAGAAGAAACCGUCAAGGCAUCUUAUGCGAGACAUCCAAAUUAUGAUGACUUGGUACCAUGUUUACUUGAGAUCGGGGUUACAAAAGAAUUGCUUGUGCGAUGUGGUCUCACCCUGCACAUACCUUUACGACCUAUGCUAGGUAGUAUCACACGGGAUCUUUCAGAUAUGUUGACCAAACUGCAAGGACGAGACUUUGCAUGUGAAUAUAAAUACGAUGGGCAACGAGCUCAGGUUCAUUGUGACUCAAACGGAAAAGUUAGCAUUUUCUCUCGUCACCUCGAAUUGAUGACGGACAAGUAUCCGGACUUGGUAUCUCUCGUGCCGCAGAUCAGAGGAGAGUCCGUCUCCAGCUUUAUUCUGGAAGGCGAAGUAGUUGCAGUGGAUCAAGACACGGGCGAUCUCCAGGCGUUCCAAAUUCUGACGAAUCGAGCGAAGAAGAAUGUCGAGAUUGGAAGCAUCAAAGUAAAUGUCUGCCUGUUUGCGUUUGACUUGAUGUACCUCAAUGGAGAGCCUCUCCUUGAUCGGUCGUUUCGGGAGCGUCGAGAUAUGCUUCGAAGUCUUUUCACGGAAAUACCAUAUCGAUUUACGUGGGUGAAGAAUCUAGAUGCCACUUCGGCAGACUCCGAGACAGUUUUGGAAUUUUUCAAGAGUGCGAUAGACGUCAAAUGCGAGGGCAUCAUGGUGAAGGUUCUCGAUAACGAGAUAAAACCCGGCAAUGGUAUUACCGACUCUGUCAAUGGAAACUUCGAUGAGGAACCAGCGGCGAAUGAAGAAGUACAGGACAAGCAACUUUCACUAGCAGCAACGAAGAAAAAAGAGAGAAACACGCGACGUAAAGUUCUGCUCUCAACGUAUGAACCUGACAAGCGACUUGAAUCCUGGCUCAAAGUUAAAAAGGACUACAGUACGUCCUCGGAUACUCUCGACCUGAUCCCAAUAGCAGCCUGGCACGGGAACGGCCGCAAAGCUAAAUGGUGGUCGCCGAUCCUACUUGCGGUUCGCAAUCCCGAGACUGGUCUUCUCGAAGCCGUCACCAAGUGCAUGUCAGGUUUCACGGACAAGUUUUACCAAUCCAAUAAAGAAAAAUACUCUGAAAACGGUGAAAAUGUCAUCUCUCGACCGAGCUAUAUCGACUACGCUGGGCAUCCAGAUGUAUGGUUUGAGCCACAGGAAGUCUGGGAAAUGGCCUUUGCAGAUAUUACACUUAGCCCCACUUACACAGCUGCUAUCGGUUUGGUGAGCGAGGAGAGAGGGUUGAGUCUACGUUUCCCACGAUUUUUGCGUGUACGAGAGGACAAGUCCAUCGACGAGGCGAGUACAUCCGAUUAUCUAGCUUCUCUAUAUAGGAAACAAGUGGAACGGGCAAGGGAGGAAGAAGUGGCAUUAGAUCCUUCAGUGGAUGACAAUAUCGAUGACCAAGAGGAGCAGGCAUAUCGUGAUCUGGACGAGGUUUGAGAUUUGGAGUGCCAGUGUCAAGCUGAAAAGAGAAAUUGAUUGGUCAUUGAUGAUUGCUGCAAGAUCUAAAGGAGAGAUGUCUUCAGCCAAUCAUUAGCUAAGAUGACGCCAGUGGGGCCAUAGAU